AAGUAUCCUUUGGACAAAUCCGCGAAAUAUACUCUUGGCCGUUUGCACCGUUGUUGCCGUUUUUAUAUCCUUCGUUUGGUGAAAAAGUUGAAAGUUUCUUCACAAGAUUUGUUUGUUCCUUGCUCGUCUGGUUUACUCGAUGGUCAGUUGAGAUAAACAUACGAGUAUGAGCUAUCAGCCGGACGACAGGCAUGAACGAGACGUUCUCCCUCCCCGUAUCACGACAAGCAAUGUUACAUUGGACAAGGAAAAAUACGACAAAAACUCAAUAAGAAGUCCUCAACCAACAGAGGUAUUAACUAUGUAUGAGGUGCAGAAUUUAAAGAAGUCAUCUCAAAGUAGGCAUAUAGCACCAGCAAGUAUUCAUUCAAUCAACCAAACAAGUCAUUUUCUUCCCCAAACCUUUGGCAUGUAUCCUCAAAUGUCACCAGUUAUGAUGCAAACUCAUGGUACAGUUCCUGCAUUCCUUCCAUUUCCACGACAUAUGCCUGCAUUAGCUGUGUCUGCCACAGCAGCUGGUGUCCCAGCAAGACCUUCACAUGCAACCCCUGGUAGACCUGUUGUUGCACAUCACCUACCGCCAGCUGGUCUACCUGCUCAACUUCAUGCCAUAACUGGAAUGCCUCUACCAGUUCAUCCUGCAACCACCACUCUUCAGCAGACCCGAUCACCAUCACCAAAACUCUUACAGGAAACGGCUUCUGAAGUUCCAAAAGGUGACAUAAAAUCACAGGCAACACCAACUGAAGCUCAUUCUGUGAUGGAAAGUCGUCCAACAGUUAGUGAACCAGCAACACACAGUCUACACCAUACAACUUCAACAACAACAACUUCCAAAAUGUCAUUAACAACUGGACUUGGAAAGAACUCGCUUGGUUUGAGUUCUCAACCAUAUAUCAAACAUACAACAUCUUCGCCGUUGCAUUUAUCGUCUGCCCCAAGAACAAUUCCUGGACCAUCUCCUGUUGGACCUGUCUCAUCAGUUACGUCAAAUUUCAAUAUGCCAAAUGUCAUUUCUCAUGUUGGUUCGCUUUAUUCUCAGCCAUCGCCAGUGUCAUUUCCUACAAGGCCUCAACAGUUACAGGACCCUACCAGGCUUUUAAAACCAAAUAGUACGGCUUCGUCAAUAUCGUUCGGAGGGACACUGCCAACCACGGUCAUUUCUGCUCCAGCAGUGGCAAGUAUACCAAAUUCAAGAUUAGAUGGUAACAGGCCAUUUCCACAUUCUGUGUCCUUUCCCCGAAUGCCAACAUAUUUCGACGGCCAUACAGUCUCGUCUUUACAACCACCGCUCAAAUCGUAUGCUCCAAUUGAAUCUGUUGUCCGUAAACCUACCACUAUUUCCCAAGUUCCAUCUGCUAGCCAUGUCACAACUGGUAUUAAUUCUGUACAACUAAUGACAUCCCAUAAUCCAACACCGUCAGUUGCAGUUGUUAACAUGGGUGUUCCGUUCACGAAUGCUGAAGCAAGUAAUGAGAAUACAGCAAUUCAUAACAAUUCAUCGCAUCCGAACUCUAGUGUUCAUUCGAACUUUAGUGUCCAGAACAUGUUGUCAUCUACUCCUUCGGCACCAAGCGUUCCUUUAUCUAGUUCUGUUACUUCAUUAUCACCAAGACCAAGUAUCCUGAGAAAGAGACAAGAAGUAUCGAGAAAAACUGUAAGUCAACCAUCGCUGGGAGAUCCCAUGGUUCCAGCUAAUGAUAUUUCCGGUAGUCCACGACCAGAUGGAACUUUAUCUGCCUCGCAUUCCAGACAAAAUUCUCCGAAAAGUGAAACGUUUGCUCAAAGUUUGGAACAAUCUCAGAAGACGUUGGAAAACGGACCAAGUCAUCCAUCAAUAUUGUCUCCAUCCAAAGUUAAACGGGAAUUCGUAUCACCCUCCUCGACACCUCCAAUGCAAACGCCUGCUGUCAACACUGUUUCAUUAUCAGCGGUUCCUUCGCAUGACGCAGGCGCGUCGCCAAGGAAGAAACCACGGAAACAAAAUGUGAUCGCAACUGAGGAUAAAUUCAGCAGUACUCCUGUGCAGGUGCAGGAAGGAAAUGAAAAGAAAACUGCUGUCAACGAUAAACCAGACCCGGAAGAUGAUGAAGAGCUGAAGUUUUUAAUGCUAAAAAGACGUUGCGUGUCCAUCUAUGGUGGUUAUAAAGUUAAUCAUAAGGCAGCACAUAAUCAUUUUCAAAGAUAUUCUGAUGUUAAAGCAAAAGAUGAAAAGAAACCUUCGUUACAAGAGAUUGCGAGUGAACGAGGUAUAAAUCAGAGAGCUACAGGAUGGAAAAUACAUCACGUAGCGGCUCAAUUAGAUGAGCUGAAAACCUGUGAGGAGGAAGUUUUGCGGAAAAUGCAUGAUUUUCGAGAACGCUUGCCAAAAUAUAAAUCAGAUCAUAAGAGAUACACUGACAUGGUUUCGCUUCAUGAAUUGCUUCAGGGAAAUAUACAGAGAAGUCAACUUGUAAUUGAACAACUUGGGGAGACGAAAAAAACUACGGUAAAGAUCCUCGAACAUAAACAAGGUAUAAUGGAUAUCUUAAAGAAAAACAUUAAACGACAUGUGAAGAAAAAGAGCUAGAAAUGUUUUUACCGCUCUAUUAUUGUACAUAUAGCAAGCUGACGCUACCAUGCAUAAAAUUUUAUCGCCCGUCGAUCUUCAUACUACGUGGAUAUCUCAUUUACAUCAUUGCCGGAAAAUGUCUGUAAACAUCUGUCUCGACAUCACCUCCCUAGCCAGAAGUCGCCAUUGUUGUCAAUAAUAUAUAUUCCAUAAUAUGUGUAUUACUUGAGCAUUCUUGUAGUAGAAUCAAUAGUUGACGUGACGAGAAAAGUGAUCGUUGCUUUAGCCGUAAUAAGGGUUUGGAUCAAACUCAACGAAACGAUCCAGGUAUUAUGAAAAUCUGUGGAUAUUUUUAUCUAAUGUAAUCCGUGUUGUACUUUAUAAUAUAAAAUUAUUCUCUGUACAUAAUUCAGUUUUGACCCACCAACAAUAUGUGUGUCCCAACUACCAUGUAUUUUAAUGAUGAAAUUUAAUUAUUACCUGUCUUUAAUUGAAGAUUUGGCCCCACCUCAUUCUAAGAUCUUGUUAGGAAGAAAGCUCUGAUCUAGGGCCAGUUGAAUGAAACAUGGUUGCUUUGAUAUUUCAAGCUUAUGCCGUCAUGGUAAUUUUGGAAUUGAAUAUGGAUUGCUUCUUGAAAUUGUGUCCAAUGCACUGUUAAUU